AUGGGUAAAAGCACUGGGGACGAGGUUGUGUAACGGUCCAAAAUUUGAAAUAAUCUUGAAGUUCUCUAUGGAAUUACGUUAAAUUCACGAUAAAAGGGGAAAUAUUAUCAUCAUAGACAGAAAAUAACUUUUUGUUUUUCAUAUGUUUAUAAUUAAGCUCAGAAAUUGGAUAAUACCGUUCAAAUUGGCACGAUUACUGGUUACGCAUGACGGCGGAAAGUUGACACGGGCAGGCGAGUUAUCUUUAGCUGAACGUUUACAAGGCAGGUAGAGUAACCCUCCUGCUAGGGUAACCCUAGCACUCAAAUAGGGUUACCAUAGCGCUAGGGUAACCCUACCCUCCUUGUAAACACGUCAUGUGAAAAAAGAAGAAAUAUGCGAUUGCUGGGGUAACUCUCUUGCUAGGGCAACACUGGCACUAGGGUUACCUUCCCCCUUAUCUUCCCUCUUUACCUUGUAAGCAGGGCCUUAUUUAGCGGGGACUGUAAGUUAUUAAUGGAUAUGGGGGAGGAUGUUUAGAGGCGGGAAGGAAUAAAUUAUCAAAAUUAGUGGAACCGUUGGAGUGUGUUUCAAAUACAGUAGAAUUUUUUUGGUGUGUUAGUUUUAGGUUAAUAAUGUUUCAACUCUUGUGUUACUGCUUUGCACAGAUGUGUUAAACUUUAUUUCCUCCACUGGUACCGAAGAAUCUGGUUCAGUAGUUAGCCUGUUCACACACCCUCUAUUUUCUUUUUAGAGAUCGUCGAACGCACGUUUUGAAAUAAAAACCGCAGGGAACUGUUAUGUACUAUAGAUUAACUCGAGCGCUGUCGAAUUUUUAAAAAGAAGAAAAAAUCUGUGCAGAGGUGUAGGUCUCAGUAUUCGAAAGCCGGAAGAAAGUGUGAGGUGCUGUACGAUUUGCAAUAUGUGAGUUUUUUUAUUCUGUUCCUAACAAUAGCUUCCCAACAACACACAACCAACAACAUUUCUGGUUUAUUAAGUCGUAAUAGGCCUCUACGCUUUAUUUGGAGACCAAACUGAGCCUACUAAACGAAAUUGUGAAAAAUACACCACAGAAUACAUCAAGAGAAAUUAACAGAGUUUUGGAUGAGGAUGCCUAUAUAUACCGAGCCAGGACUUCGAGCCAGGACUCGAGACAGGACUCGAGCCAGGAUUUCGAGCCUUUCACUUUCCCGCCAUUUUCACCUCCUGCAGGUCACAUGACCAUUGAGAAGACGGUUAGGGUUAGAGGUUAGUGUUAGGUUAGGGUUAGGAAGUUGCGAGUUAGGUUAGAAGAUCUUUUUGUUGCUUAUAUUUUACUCUUGUUUAUUGGUUUAUUAAUUACUUUUACUUAUUUAUUUUUUUGCUUACAGAAGUCCUGGGUCGAGUCCAGGCUCGAAGUCCUGGCUCGAGUCCAAGCUGGAGUCCUGGCUCGAAUCCUAGCUUUGAUGUUAGUUUAUCUCGUUUUGGAUGAUAUUUUUACGUAUCUACAAGAGACACUCGGAAGCCGGGAAAAACCUCUACAAAAGACCCGCGAGGAGGGCGGGAAAAAUAGGGAAACCUGGGUAGGAUCCAAGCCCAAAACCUCCACGACCUUCGAUCCUACAAGGCCGAAAAAAAAAAUAAAAGAUAAAAUAUAGAAUUAAACUUUCACGCAGAAAAGGAAGCGUAACGACUGGGGUUGACUCGCAUACCAAACAGCCUAUAUUUACACCAAAAUAAUAGCCUUGCUAAUUCCACUCUGCACGUAUUAAACAUCACAAUUGCUUUCAGAAAUACUUCGUGUCAUAAUCAUUUAAAGAAUCUCACAAGUAAUCAACAGCUAAAAUAAUAGCGAACAGAAGUCAAUUUUCUUCUAAUGCCACACAACCGAAGAGAAUUUACAAAUCCCGUUAGCCCAUGCAAUUUGAUAUUGAAAUCAGCGCGGUCAAUUGCUUGCGCGGGGUCUCAGAUUAUGCAAGAGAGGGAUUAUUCCCUCUUAGUUUCUGUGUUUCAAUAUUGUAGUGCGUACGCAUUUUGCCUAACAGCUUCCUUGUUGACUGUAUUUAAUAUGCUGAGGAUCUCAGAUUGAUCGCAUUGAAGUGAACGUGUGUUUUUGGCAAACGGUAUUCUAUUUGAAACUAUCAAAAAAUUUCAAUAACCUCAAUAAUAUUAACUCUAGAAUAUUAUAAUAUUUCUUGUUGAUAGCAUUGAUCCUUUUAUCUCAAGAGUUUUAGUUUUUUUCUUUUUGUUUUCCUUUUUUUUUGUGACAGGUGAGUGAGACAAUGUUUACAUUCGCUGAAUCAGGAGCAAUUUCUCAUACAAACACAAUGGCAACGCUGGAUUCAACAAGUGGCUGGAAUUCCUCGUUUACCACUGAACUUUUCUGGAGCGAGAGUGCCGACUUGAAAUCCAUCGCGAGCAGCGAAGAAAAAAGCGGACAGCAAGAAAGCACGGAACAGAGACCAUCGUUUAGCACAACGAAGACAACACCGUCAGCGAGAAAAAGAGGAACAGGGGACUAG